ACUUAAAUAGAUUUUUCAUGGUGAUGUGUUUGUUUUAUUUUUCUUGCUUGUGGCAGCAAAGAUCUUCCAUAGAUUCAUACACUUUUCUGAACAAACAGGAUAAAAUUGUGUUCCAACACUUAAGCUGAAGUUAUACUUUCACCUUUAUGUUUUAACAUUUGUAAUGACUCCUUUUGCUACUAGGUUGAUCACUUUUUGAAAUUCAACCACUAUUUUAUUUUGUUACCAUCUGGAUUAAUAAUAUUAAUAUGUCCCUGGUAACGGAUAGUGAUUGUUAUGUCUUUUUACAAUAGCACGGCUUUUAUUGUGAAACACAUUGAAUUAUUAAACGUUAGACACAAUGCCUGGAGAAAAUUCAUUACACUCUUGAGUUUUAUGUCCUGAGAAGAGCUGAGUUAUAAAGGAAGAUUCGAUGUGUAAAUUUCAAAGGAAAAUUUGUGUCAUGCUUGGUGAGAUAAGGUUAUGGGAAAUCCCUGUGUUGGGACCUGCUAUAUAUACAUGUCAAUAAGUGAACUGUAAAUCAGGAUUAGUGCUCUCUGGAGGUCAAUACUUCUAACAGAUUUCACAGCUGAGGCCAUGCAUGUCCUGAUUGGUGAGUAGUGAGGUAAUGCGUGUUCAUUGCCAUUUCCUCUUUUUCUUUCACCUCCAGUGACAGCAAAGACUCUGAAAGGGAAGACAGUCUGCUACUGAACAUUUAUUCAUUUUAAGGUUUUCAUUUCUUUGACUGCUCUUAUUAGUAUUUGUAUCAAAUAGACAGAAGUGCUUCUUGUAUUUACAUCUGCUCAGGUAGACUAAAUCCAGCCACUGCUGUCACUUUUGGCUCAGGCUUCAUGUUACAGAGACUUUUCUCACUCAGUGCARCUUGCCCCUGAGUUAUAGGGAGUGGGAGGUGUGGCGGUGGUGGUGGGGGUCUGCGGGGGGUCGUGCCCAGCUCUGCAGAGCACUGGGGCUGUGCUGAGCAGAGACAGGGAGCCGGGCUUUGUUCUGUCCUCAACACACACUGGGCUGAAGGUAUAGAGGAGCUUGUUCUGAUGCCUUGGCGCUGACUUUUAUUUGUUUUUCUUCCUAUUUUUGGCUUGUGGGCCCCGCAGUCCUCCUCGCCUGCUACAUGGCCUCCACCGCCCGCGGCGCUCCCCUGCCYCAGCUCAGAUCACUUGUUGAGGAUCCGCACUUUCAGGAGAUUCUGCACAGAAGCCGCAGCCUGACACAAAAGGUCCUGCUCUCGAUUCCCGACACGCACAAGUCCUGCAUUCACACCGCGACUCUGCAGCUCAAUUCUUCAGAAAAUGUCAAACUGGAGACCAUGGCGUCCAUCCUCGGCAUCCCCCCUGCUCCUGGACUCAGAGCCAUUUCAGAAAACUUCACUUUGGAGAGCAGUUUGAGACGGAUGCAYGAGGGUCUGCUGCUGCACCGAGGCCUGCUGAGCUCUGUGUCCCCUCGGCUGGAGGUGAAAACGAAGGUGGCUGAUCUGAUGGAUGACAUCAGAGAUGUGGCAGUUCAGAUCACGAAGAUGUUAAAAAUGGUCCAACCGGAAGCGGCAGUGCAGUCCACCACAGCCCCGCUGUCGAUACACCUCCCGGGGGAUUACGAGGUCCAGGUGGCRACACACCUGACUCUGGUGCAGCUCCAGUCGUUCGGCCAGGACAUGGUCCGUGUCCUCAGGAGUCUGGAGCAAAGCGAUGAGGAGGAGGAGGAGAACGACAGCUGACCAACAGAUGUCGUCAUCUUUGUUUGGCAAAAGCCAAAUAUCUUGUCACCAUUUUUAUUGUUUGGUUUGCUAUUUAUUUAUGUUUGAAAAAUAUUUAUUUUUUUAAUCUAUUUAUAUAUUUAUUUCUACGGACAGAAUGUAAAAUAUUUUUUUUGGAUAAAGCUGUGGCCCUAACAGAGGCCAGCAGAGCGCACAUAUCUAUGAAAACAAAGAAAGAAGCAGAUAUAGGAAUUCAUUUUACCAGCUACUACCACUUAUUUUACUGUCUUGCAGGUGUAAUAUGGAUUAAUUAAUGAAAAAUGAAUAUUUUUGUAUUACCGUUAAAUACCCACUACAGGUGUAUUUUGUGAAGUUUAAAUAAACACUGAAAAAAAAA